AUUCGGGCGGGCACAAUUUUCGCGCCGGCAACUAAAGAUUUGUAAAUUAGAGUUGCCACAGUGUCCAAUUAUCCAAAAAGAAACUAGUUCAGUGAACUUGGGAUUUGCGCUCCGUCACGAACCACAAGCACUGUUGGGCAAUUGCACUUUGCUACGAGGCUUGGGCUGGCAUCUGAGAAAUUGAUGUGAACUGCAAUUGGAUUUUAUUAAAGCGUUGCCGCCGGCUGCAGACGUAGAAACAGACGACAACGAUGACCACCAGCAGUGAAGAUGUGCUCCUGCAAAUGGGCGAGGUGCGUUACAAGAAGGGUGACGGCACGCUCUAUGUGAUGAACGAGCGCUUAGCAUGGAUGGCGGAGCACCGGGACACUGUGACCGUGUCCCAUCGCUAUGCGGAUAUAAAAACUCAGAAGAUCUCGCCCGAUGGCAAGCCAAAGGUGCAGCUACAGGUGGUGCUGCAUGACGGCAACACUUCGACGUUCCAUUUUGUUAACCGUCAGGGCCAGCCGGCCAUGCUUGCCGAUCGUGACAAGGUCAAGGAGCUGCUACAGCAGCUGCUGCCCAAUUUCAAGCGGAAGGUAGACAAAGAUCUGGAGGACAAGAACCGUAUUCUAGUGGAGAAUCCCAAUUUGCUGCAGCUAUACAAGGAUCUGGUUAUAACCAAAGUACUUACCAGCGAUGAGUUCUGGGCCACGCACGCCAAAGAUCAUGCUCUAAAAAAGAUGGGCAAGAGUCAGGAAAUCGGUGUCUCUGGCGCUUUUUUGGCCGAUAUUAAGCCGCAGACGGACGGUUGCAAUGGCCUUAAAUACAAUCUUACCUCUGAUGUCAUACACUGCAUUUUUAAAACAUAUCCCGCCGUUAAGCGCAAACAUAUGGAGAACGUUCCCGCCAAAAUGCCUGAAUCAGAGUUCUGGACGAAGUUCUUUCAAUCGCACUAUUUUCAUCGAGACCGUCUCACCGCUGGCACCAAAGACAUCUUUACGGAGUGCGGCAAAAUCGAUGAUCAGGCGCUUAAAGCGUCCGUGCAGCAGGCUGCAGGUGAUCCGCUGUUGGAUUUGAAAAAGUUUGAGGAUGUGCCGCUGGAGGAGGGCUUCGGUAGCGUUGCCGGCGAUCGCAAUGUAGUAAACAGUGGGAAUAUUGUGCAUCAGAACAUGAUCAAGCGCUUCAAUCAGCAUUCAAUCAUGGUACUGAAGACGUGCGCUAAUGUUAAUGCCUCUUCUGCCACCGUAACCAAUGGCAAUAACGUAGCUAAUGGCCCACUAGGACAAUCCACAUACACAAACGGAUUAAAUGGCAAGGGAGCAAAGCAUACGGUCGAUAGUGCUCCCAGUAAUAUUGAUGCACCACAAGCGAAGAGGCAACGUCUCAUUGAAAAGAUACACUACGAAGAUUUGGGCAACCCACUAAUCGAAUCGGAUGAGGAUUCGCAUCAAUCGACCAACAAAGCCAAACAAUUUGAGCUGUCCAAAGUGGAACGCUACCUCAACGGACCGUUGCAGAAUCACAUGUACGAAAAUCAUACCGAUGCCCUCAGUCUGGACGAUGUACAGUACAAGCUGGUUCGCAACUCGGAAUCCUGGCUGGAUCGCAGUGCGCAGCGCAAUGUCAUCUGCUCCAAGGCAGCGGUCAAUGCUCUAGGCGAGCUCAGUCCGGGUGGCUCGCUCAUGCGUGGCUUUCAGGAGCAGUCAGCAGGGCAGCUGGUACCACGCGACUUUCAACGCGACUUGCGGCACUUGUAUCUGUCGCUCUUGGAGCUGCUGAAACAUUUUUGGAACUGCUUUCCACCCACCACGGAGGAGCUGGAAACAAAGCUACAGCGUAUGCACGAGACACUGCAGCGUUUUAAAAUGGCCAAGCUAGUGCCUUUCGAGAAUCGUGCAAUGCAUGAGCUCUCGCCGCUGCGAUCAUCACUCACGCAACAUAUGAACAUGCUGCUGCGCACCGCCAACUCCAAGUAUGCCACAUGGAAGGAGCGCAAGCUGCGCAACAAUAGAUAA